AUGUUUAGCAGAUGCUGGCCAGUAGUAGUCCUUCUGACGUGCUGCGCUGGGCUGCGACUGACCGUGAUGGAGUGUGGAAGUGUUGCCUGGGAUGCGCUCUCGCUCAGCCGGGAGCUAUCCAGGAGUUGCGAGCCGGACAUGUUCACCCUGGCUUUGUUCAUCCACAAGCCUCCAGAUGACUGGAGCAGCGUGCGGCGGUACGUAAAACAUGGCGGCAUUGUCAUUACGGGGCAUUUUUCACAUGCGGUUUACGCAAACUUGUUCCAAACACAUGUUCCGAAAGGGGUCUGGCACGGAAGCUGCCAUUCAAGAGGCUUUCCGGAGCAACACAAGUUCAAUGAAAGUGAUCACUUAUGGCGCACAUUGGCAGAUCACAAUGGUCACUCUGAGCCGACUGCAUCAGCAGCUGGGUGUGGCCCAUCAACAUACGAGUUUCCAGGCGUAGUCGGCCUUGCUGGUUGGACGUCAUCUUCCUACAGCUUGUCAUAUCGAAUCCUUGGUGCUGGAACCGUUUGGUUCGCGACGUGGGGCUGGGAAGUGUUCGCUGACCAGCGAACGAGGCAGGUCUUGAAGUAUAUGUUGAAACACAAUCGUGCGCUUAUGUCAGAUGGAAGCACCGCCUCCUUCGGGGUUUCCCUCGAAGCUCUCGAUGUGACGCUAAGACGCAAAGGAGGAUCGCCUUCACCGUCGCCGUCGCCGUCGCCUUCACCUUCACCUUCACCACCACCGGUCACAGUGACUGCCACAACAACGACAACAACCACCACAAGCUCCAGCACGUCAAACUCCUCCACAUCGACAUCUUCCACCACUGCAACAACCACCUCUAGUUUUUCGACGUCCAGCACAUCCACCUCCAGCACAUCCACUUCGAGCACAUCGAGCUCCAGCAUGUCCACCUCCAGCACAUCCACCUCCAGCACAUCCACCUCCAGCACAUCCACCUCCAGCACAUCCACCUCCAGCACAUCCACGUCCAGCACUUCCAGCUCCACCACUUCCACUCUCAGCACUUCCACUACCACCAGUUCCAGUACAUCUACUUCCAGCACAACAACUUCUAGCACAUCCACUUCGAGCACAUCGAGCUCCAGCAUGUCCACCUCCAGCACAUCCACCUCCACCUCCAGCACAUCCACCUCCAGCACAUCAAACUCGUCCACAUCGACAUCUUCCGCAACGGCAACAACUACUUCCACCUUCUCGACGUCCAGCACGUCGAGCACCAGCACCUCUACAUCUACCACGUCGAGCUCCAGCAUAUCGAGCUCCAGCACCACAACAAGUUCUUCAGCAUCAACUACAACUCGCUCGACCUCCACAUACGCAGGCAGUGAUCCCAAUAUUCUUGCGGGUGAGGCAACGAACAGGGAAGAACAAAUGACUGCGCUUCAAGGAGCUGCGAUAAACAGUCUGAUGAGUGCAGCCAGUAAUGUCAACCUCUCAGAGGUAGAAGUGGUGGAUGGAGUUGCCACACUACUGGAGGAAGAAGUUCAGACUGCACAAGGCAUUACCUUACUGACGAAAGCAAUGGUAGUGUUAAAUGCAAGCAAUGGCUUGCAGGCCACUGUAGGGAGGAGCCGAAGUACCCUGCGGGUGCCACCAGCAACUCUGGAGGGGCUUAAGAACGGCAGUUCACAUCUUGCAGUGAGCUUUGGAGUGUUCCCCGAUACCACGAACGAAUACAAGUCCUUCGAGGCAGGCAGCGAGGCUGUACUGGUGGCCGGCGAGGUCAUCAGCAUUUUGAUUUCCGGUCCCGAUGGCAAGAUCUUCAAAGGACGCUUGCCCGAGCCGAUAGAUAUCGAACUGAGUACAAAAGCCUUUCACCGAAGAAACGCAUGCGCUUUCUGGGAUGGGGAUGCGGGUGAUUGGUCAACAUUCGGUCUGACAAAGGUUGGUGUGACGAACCAAUCCACGGAAUGUCGCACGACGCAUUUGUCUGUUUUCACCUUGAUCCUCGCGACUUUGACUUGCAGCCAGGCUGCAAGGAUCUUUUCUGAGGAAGCUUUGCUCGCUCUCGUGUCUACGCCUUGGGCCUGGCAGCCACCGGCUCUCGUCAACUGGGCGACUAUCUUGGUGGGGUGCUGGUUGUUGCGACUAGCAUACCGAGCUGAUCAGCAGAACCAAGCCCAGAUGAAAAGGCUGCAAACCUGGGCGAGAGAAUGCCAUGAACGUGCCGGCGUCUUACCAGACGUGGCGACGAUCUUACGAAUGAUCCGACAGUGCCGACAGCUUGGGCAUCAUGGUGUAAGGUCAGCCAAGUCGUUUAUCUGUUCCACAGUCAUCAACACCAAGUUGGGUGUCGACAACGCAUAUCUCGACAGUCUGCACAGGGGUAUCGGAAAGACUGAUGUGCAUCGACAAGCACACACAGAGGUGGAAAGCUUUCUUGGCUCGCCUAGGUAUCGGCAAUUCUCGCUGCUUUUUGCGAGCUCCUGCAGGUGGGUAUCUAUCUUGGCUCCGUCGUGGCAAUUGGCGAGCACGGAUCGCUGCCUCUUGUUGCUCGCCAAGGUCUACAGCACCUGGGCUCUCUCGGCCAUUUUCUUCGGCAGCACAUCGGUGGCUCCAGACCAGGAUCCCGACUGCGAACCGCAGGAAGGCUUCUGGCCUAUGCUGGUCCAGAGCGUAACCGUCGCCUUCAUUGCAGGCGUGUUCGGAGCUUUGCCUCUUGGCUGUCUGGUACUUGUCCAGCAGGCGUGCAGGGCCCAGGUUUCAACAGCAAGAACAACUUUCCGCAGCUUCGUCUUUGCCUACACCUUCACCUGUUGGCUAACCACAUGCCUCUUCCUUGCAGUGGUGAGCUCGACCGAUGCGGAGAGAUGGGUGAUUAGUGCAGUGGCGGACGUUUGUAAGUCGGCCGUGAUGAUUCCCUUUCUUUUGGCCUCCAUAUGCGUGCUUUUCUUAGUUUGUCAAGAUGCUGAGAUCCACAUGAGUUGGACGCAGCAUCUGAAGAUCUUGAGCGAGAAGGCGAAGGCGAAGGUCUGCCUGCAGUCGCUGGACUUCAAGAAGGACGAGCUCUUGCACUUGGGCUUCGAGCGUGUCUGCUCUGUGAAGGUCGAAUUCCCCGGCCAUGACCGGCCCGCGGUGGACUACGAACCAGGCUUGCUGUUGGAGGAGGUGGAUGACGGGCAAACACUUCUCAUGACGGCUUUUGCAGAGAAAUCCGACAAGACAAAGCCACAGCUCAUGGGAACUGCCACUCUGAAAGUCGGAUCAGAGCCAAAGUUGGCGUUCAAGCGCCAUGGCAAGCCGUUGGAUCUCUCAGCAGAGGUGGCUAUGACAGUAAUUCAUGAGGCGGAGGGCCCCACCUGGCACACCCUGCCGCCGACGAGUAGCGAUAUGUCGCUAGAUGGGCCCCCUUUGACUCCGAGAGAAGGUGGGGUUCUAAGAUCGGCGACUGAACCUGAGGCACCAGAGGCACCAUGCAGCCUCGGAGGCUACGGCCAGAACUUGAACGAAAGUGCAGCCGUGCAGCCCGUGCCACAGACGCCGCAGCCGCACGACCAAACAGCCUCGGACGAGAAUCCGGGUCAAGGCGCAGUCCAGCCCUUGCCGAAACUAAGAGUGCCUGUGGACUUGUCGGCAAGGACAAACGAGGGGCCCGCGAGUGUCGCAAGGCAAGACAAGGCCGAGUCGGCAGCUCUCUCACGAGAGUUCACGGAUGCGGCCCAAUGCGCCGGCCAAAGCGGACCCGUCCAGCCGGUCCAGCUCAGCGCCACCGCCCAAGACCAAGAGCCUCGGGUCGAAUCCUCGCCGACCGCGCCGGGCGAGAGUGCGCUGCAAGAUGUGGGCGUAAUGAUGGUGCCUUGCCCUCAGCCUGCCAGUUCACCGAGACCAUUGGGGCAAAGUCCCCGGACUCGCGCCCCCAGAUUAUCACCUAGGGCUGUGCAGGCUCCACGACCACAGACCGCUCUCUAG